UUAAAACCGAUCGCAGUUAGCCAGCGCGCUGGGCAGCCAGCGCUCUAAAAAAAGGGCCUACAUCGAUUCGAUAACAUACAACAAAGCAGCGCUGAGCAUCAGUAGGGACCGCCGCGCCGAGCUAGAAGCUACACCAUGAAGAUACUACGCCUCCUGGCGCUGGCCGCGGUCGCCUCGACGGCUCGGGGAAUGACCGACGACAACGACGAGCCGCAGCAGCGCCGACUCAACCAGCUCGGCGCGUCGUUCGGCGACACCGCCGACUUCAUCUCGACAUUUCGCCCGGGCGGCGGCUCGUCAGUGGAAGUUGGUACGUCUCAAGAGGACGACCCGCCGCGGCGCCGAUUAGAGGUGGCCGGCGCGUCGUUCGGCGCGGCCGCCAACUACCUCUCGACAUGGCGCCCGGGCGGUGGCACGUCCCCGAGGGUAGCACUUGGUACGUCCUCCCAACAAAACGAGGCGAGCGAUGAACCAGCCGUCAAGAAGCUUUGCGUCCGCGCCGACGCCGAAGAAGUCGACGUCGAAGAGGAGGUCAACAACCGGCAGAAGCUGCGCAUCAAGGCGACCGGGCGCAUUGGCUAUGUCGCGGAGUUCCAAGAUACGGGCCAUCUCCGCGUCGAACUCGACGGUCCGGAGCUUGAAUUGAUUACGACAAGAACAACGCUUGUCACGUUCCUCGACGCGGCGGGCAACGAGAUGGACAAGGAUGCCGUUCGCAAGCCGUAUCCAGCGAAGUUCAUCGGAAAAACCGGCGAGAAGAGGAAGUUGGUCAACAAAAUUAAGGAAGCGGCGGGUGCGUACGACGAGGCGACUCCUCUCACCGAGUCAGACCUCAAGGCCAAGGUCGUCGCCUGGACCAAGUUCGACGUAACGAACGUGCUCGGCAUCCCGGUCGAAUUAGCGCCCGAGAUGGACGUUUCUACGGAGGUCUUCGUCGCAUCCGGCAAGGGUGGAGUUAGUGAACGUCGAAGGGUGCGCGAGUACCUGCUGGACCUCUACGCCCAACGGGUCCGGCAUCAUAAGGAAACGCUCAGGACGACGGAUCACUUGGAGAAGGGCGUCGACGACCUGUACGACGCAGAGACGAACUCGUUUCGCUACACUUAUAUAGAGUGGCGCGACGGAAGUGGACGGUGGACGGUCUGGCGCGCCGUCUCCAAGAAAAUCAAGGAGGUCGACGCGCUGCGCUGCCCUCACACCAACACUCUCUCGAGCGCCGACGUCGACCGCCCCGACUGCCCCACGGCGUUUUACCAUGACCUAGAAUUCAAGAAUCAGCUCGAAGCGCGCUCUAUCGAAGGGUUGGAGGGCGAGGAGACUCAUCUAGCGCCUAAAACUUACGUCUAUUUGACGGACGAGGAAGAUUUCAAUGGUGUUGGCGGUUAUGUGUCUAAAAUUAGCAGGAGGCUUUACUGGUUCUGGGAGUUUGCUGUAAGAGGUCGAGGUCGACAGACGAGCCCUGUAUUCUACAAUACAAAGGAGGAGGCGCGCGACGCGCGGACGGAGGCGAUGUACGUCUUCGACUGGCCGCCGCUCGCCGACGGCUGGCUGGACGAGGACGAGUCUAAAAAGAAGUACAUAGACUACGGGCCCUUCUGGGAGGUGAUUCGAGACAACGACGACGUCAUGCAUCCGUGGGACGUUAGGUUCGGUAGCGACUACUCGGAGUACGACAACCCGGACUUCCGCUACCACUGCACGUCCGCGUACAACUGGGAACGCCACCACGACAUCAUCAUGAGCUUUGGCCUGAACUUGCGGGCCCUCUGCGACGACCCCGAGAGCGACGUUCCGCACUCGAGGUGCGGCGAGCUGCUCUGGGCCUGCGCGACGAUGCGGGACUGCUUCCGCCACUGUCGCAGCCCCAUGACGGUCAACCGCCACGUGGUGAACGGGAUUAACACGUACGACAAGUGGAACGAAAUCGUGAUCCUGGCUUUACCGAAAGAAGGCUGGCAGAAGAAGGCGAUGCCCGCCUACCUGUUCUCGGGCGCUUACUCCGAGGGCCCGAUCAAGCCGGUCGCGUGCCUACGCCGCGACCUGACGGACGGCAAGGAGGGGUUGGACGAGGCGCGGACCUGGGCGGCGGCCGGGCACCCGGACGUCUCCGACUCGUGCUACUGAAGGAUGACCGCCGCAGCCGCUGAUGUAGUUGUGUAACUAUGUUAGUAAAACGA